AGAAGACCUAUUGCACUUUCUCUCUCCAUUUUCGCAGAGAGAAAGGAGAUUCCCUUUUAAGUCUUUGAUCGAUCUCUAUCUUCGUUUUCCCGGCGAAAUUAGGGUUUGAAUAUCGCUCAUCGAUCUCUGUUCCUCGAUUUCCAAGGGACUAAUUCUGUGUUGUAUUUUAUUGUUUGAUCCAUUUUUUCCGGAGUAAGUGCUUUUCUCUAAUUAGAUGCAUCUUUUAUCGGCUAAGCAAAUCAGUGAGAAACGUUGAGCUCUAUAUGCACUGCACCAAUGAAGACAGGAACAUCAACUCUGAAUCCUUAUGCAGAAUCGUAUGUGCCUAUUUCGAGAAGAGGGGCACCUGAUGGAAACAAAGAAGCUAGAUUUUCUCCAAAAGAGUUCAAGAGUGGAAGUGAGGCUGUUUGGUUGGCACCUGGUGUCACAGCAGGUCGAAGUCAACAGCAGACUCACCAAACUACUGAUCAGUACAAACUGAAGGACUAUUCAGCUUAUGGCUCACCAUCACAUAGUCCUGCAGGAGCUAUGGGUAAACAAGUUCUGGACGAGGAAUCCGACAUGGAUUUGGCUUAUCUUCAGAUGACUUUUCCUGGCAUGUCAGAUGAAUCGCUUUCUGAGGUCUAUUUAGCAAACAAUUGUGAUCUUGAUGCUGCUGUUGACAUGCUGAAUCAGCUUGAGCUUUACUCUGGUGAUUUUUCUGAAAAGCUUCCAGACACUCUUGACAUUGGUGACGUGUCGGACUCUGGGUUCUCGGGCGAUAGUUCAUCUCAAAAAUUGAAGACGGUGGUAGGUGAAACUGUUACAGUUGCUUCGUCAUCCGGCUUAUCAGACUCAGCUCCAGGCAGUUAAGGUGGUUGUGCUGAAGUUUGUUAUGAGCAGUUUUUCUAUGUCUUGCUGUAGAUAUGGAAGUGUGGAUUCUAAAGAAAAAUGUCUUUUUGGUUGCAAAUUUUCAUAGAUACAUCUCUCCCUAUCAUUGUAUAGGUUGCCUUCUUAUACUUGUAUGUCUCUCAGCGGUGGAUUCAAGCUCUUCACUUGAUAAACUAGUGAUCUGAAAUUUUUCCUGACAGUCUAAUAUCUACAGGAAAAGAAUGAUUUCCCAGCAUGUGGAUGUUUGUUUCUUGUGCAAAUGAAAUUGACAUGCAAACAUA